GACUUCUUGUCCUAGAACAUACAGCAAUUUCGCACCCUCCUGUCGCCUUCUACAUGACCGCCAAUGCCUUACCUAACUUCGAUCCCGGGAAUCUUGGGAGAAGAACCUGUUGUAUAGGUUCGGUGGGUCUGGAACCUGUAGACCUCGAUAAUGAGGUCGAUGGUCUCUGACCUCCUCUCUCCUCCCAACUCGGACGUUCGCAUAGCCCAGAUUAGCUCCGGAGAGCUUGUAGACAAUCCUAUCGAGAGCCAUUCCCAGCCAUCAACAGAAGCUGUGCCGUCUACAGUGACCAACCGAAAGCAAACGGCCUCGAAUUCGUCCUCCGCCCCGCGUCACCCGACGGGACAUGAAGUGGAUGACUUGAGACAAAAGGAAUGGUCUCUAAUGGAGAAUCGACAACGUCGGCGACAAGCGAAGUACGACGAGCGGCGACUCACGGGGGAUUACACGUAUGCGCGCCUCAAGAUACGCCUUGGGGUACAGGUCUGACACUCUGGACUACAGAACUCCAGUUGGUGCUAUUCCACUCGGAACCCCGAAUCCAACGGCACGGAAACCCAAACCUGGUCAGAACUACGCUCUAAAUCCCUCUGUGGACACCUUCGUGCC